AUGAAUGAAACCACUGAAACCACCUUCACUACAACUGAUUCCUGCUCUGCUUGUAACGGCACCCUGGAUGCAAACGAUGGGGCCUAUCACUGUGCCGGUUUCUGUAACAAGGCCUUUCACGAAGAGUGCUUGGGAUUGACGCCGGCAAUUCGCAAGGAACUGUUUCGCAAUCCGCAGCUUCUUUGGGUUUGCCCCGGCUGCUCGGACAUGAUGGGUGACGGGGCAGCGAAGAUGAAGAAUGUCGUAAUGGGUGAGUUGAGUCCUAUGUUGGACCAGAUGAGGAGCGUCAUUCUUGCUGAGUUUGAUCGUCGUUUUACUCACCUCAUCGAGCUGUCUCACCCGUCUGUUCCUGAUGUUGAUCACCGAGCCGUCGCAUCGCAAGCGAGCAUGACAGCCGAUAGCGUCUCAUUCGCUGAUGUGAUCAAGGAUCGCACCAAUACGCGCCACCACCCGCAGACCACCGUGGCGCCAACGAACCCACCACUGGUUGUCGGAACCGCAUCGAAAACUCUGGUGAAAACCGUGCCAGCCUACCAACCGAAAUUGUGGCUCUUUUUUUCACGCUUAACGAGGGAUACGACUGAUGAACAGGUCGCUGACAUGGUGCAUCAUUGUCUUGGUGUCAACGAUGUCCUAGUACGGAGACUGCUCGCGCGUGACCGAGAUGUAACGUCGGUGCCGUUCCUCUCGUUCAAGGUCGGCGUACCGUUGGCUUUACGAGAGAGGGCACUCGAUCCGGCGACCUGGCCGCAUGGAGUAAGUUUCCGGGAGUUUGUUGACAGGCCUCGGCUCGUCAAUCCGGCAACGAAACUUACCUCGCUUGCUGAGGAACUGGCUCAAUCCGCCCACGUCUUGGCCAACAGACGGACUCCAUCUCCGCCUUCACGGGCGUCGCUGCUACUUGAUAAUGCCACUCUAAGUCAACUGCGGAAGAGGCCACGAGAUGAUAUUGGCUCAGCCAACGAGGACGACUGA